AUGGAAGAAAAUGAUAAGUUACCGUCAUCUUCAGGCACCGACACAGUACAAUCUAAAGAAAAAAAAUACAUGCAAAAAUUUAAAAGCUCAUGGUUGGAGAAUCCAGAUUUUAAGCAUUGGUUAAAACGUUCGGAUAAAGGUGAAACUAAAGCCUAUUGUAAACUCUGCGAUUGUCAUAUUACUUGUGGUAUGUCUGAAUUGCUGCGACAUCAAAAAAGUGCAAAACAUGUUAAACAGAUAGCCGUAACAUCAAAAUAUGGUAAUAUGACAUCGUUCUUAAGUGGACACUUGAACUCUACUAAUAAAGCGUUAGAAAUGGAACUGAAGAUAUGCGGUUUUCUUGCAAAACAUGAUUAA